AAAAUGAGAAUAUUUUCUCAAAUAAAGUAUAAUUUAAUAUUUUAUUAAAUAAUAAAAUUAAAAUGGAAAAAAACUCCUGUUUCAUAACAUUAAUAACUUUUCCCCCAGCCUCCGUCGCCUGACAUCACAGCCCAGAAGGAGAAGACGACGAUUGGCGACCUACGAACCCUAGCCUCGCGAGUUUCGACCUUCCAACGUCCAUCCCAGCCUCCAUCGCCUGAUAUUGCAGCCUUCAAACACUAUCCAUCGCCGGACAUUGCAGCGGUGCAGCCUCCAUCGUCGGACAUCGCUUCGUGGAAGGCUUGAAGCCUCGAAUCCUCUUCAAGCCAAUCAUGGCCAGCAAAGCUGAAGGCGAUAAGGAGCCCAUGAACGAGCAAGCGGUGGCCAACUUGUAUGGUGCUAUGAGGGCUGAACUCAACCAAAUAUAUUCAAAAAUCACGGAGCUAGAGAUGGAAGUGAGUGAGCACUCGUUGGUUAUGGGAGCUAUCCAGCCGCUCGAUCCAUCCCGGCGAUGCUAUCGGAUGAUUGGAGGUGUGCUGGUGGAGAGAAACAUUAAGGAAGUCCUUCCAGCCGUCCAGCGCAAUAAAGAGGGACUUGAGGAAGUGAUUGCAAGGCUCAAUGAGGCGUUAGAGAAGAAGAAAAAAGACAUAGCCGAGUUUGAGGCUAAAUACAAAAUUCGGAUGAGAAAAGCUGGUGAUGAGGUGGAGGAUAGCAGCCGGAAGGAAGGCUCUGCACAGGGAGUCCUUGUUGGCCCAGCAAGUUGAAGUCCAUGUUAAAUGUUUUUAGCUCCAUCUCUAUUUUAUGGAACUUGUGAGACGGAAUGUCUUUUGUGUCAUUUUAUUGCUGUGUUAAGUUGUUUAGAAAAGAUCGUUUGGUAUAAUGAGGAUUUCAGACUUGAAAUUUUCUUGAA